UUUUUAUGUCGAUCAUCACUAUCAUACAAAAUGUUGCAAGAGUCGCGGGGAAUCGGAAUCUCUAUUGUCAGUAUAUUGGCAGGGCGCGCUAUCUUCGAAUAGCCAGGCAUCGAAUUCAAGCAGUUAGUUACACAUACGACGAACAGGCGGAUAGAUCGAUUGCACACAGUUCAUUGGCAAAGGCGGAGAUCGCUGUCAACGAGACUGUGUUUGUGAAUGCAACCAAGUCAAAACUCAAGAUAUUAAGUAUUUUCGGACAUCUUGGCAAGAGUCACUUCGACGUGUUCAAACCGCUUUUGGAAGAACUAGCUCGCCGGGGUCAUGAAGUCACUGUGGUUUCAUACUUUCCUCGAACGGACGAUGCUAAAGCGAAGGAACCGUUGUCUAAUUAUAAGGAUAUUAGUCUGAUAGAUCCUAAGAUCGGCGUUUAUGUAAAUAUCAUAGAUCUUAAGCAAAUGAAUCAAUCUUCAUUCUUCCAUAUGAAGCAGAUAAUUAUGUUGAGAUUGAUGGCCGAUGUCGCGUGCAAUACCAGUUUACGACAUCCAAAAAUCACGGAAUUAAUUCGAUCCGAUGAAAAGUUUGACGUGAUUCUCACGGAAAACUUCAAUACUGACUGCUUUCUGGGUUUCAUUCAUCGUUUCAAAGUACCUUAUCUGGCUUUAUCGUCGCAUCAAAUCAUGCCGUGGGCCAAUAAUGACAUGGGCAACGAAGACAAUCCUAGCUAUAUCCCAAUCUUAUUUUUGGGAUUCAUUAAGCCAAUGAAUUUUCUCGACAGAAUAACAAAUACUGUGACAUUGUCGUUAUACAAGGCAGCCUACGAAUAUUGGUUUCGAUCUGUCGAUCAAGUUAUCGCAAACGAAGUGUUUGGUUCUGAUCUUCCCAAGCUACAAAAACUUGCUAAGCAAUCGAGUGCAUUGCUAGUUAACACUCACAGCAGUCUUUUUGGCAGUAGACCUCAAUUGCCGAAUGUAGUCGAGAUUGGCGGAAUUCACAUUCCGUCCAAAAUUAAUUCGUUACCGAAGGACCUAACUGAAUUCCUCGAUAGCGCGCACGAUGGAGCGCUCUUCUUUAGCCUCGGCUCUAUGAUUAAAUCGACGACUAUGCCAAAGGAAAAGCUGGACGCGAUACUGAAGGUGUUUAGCUCGAUCCCGCGAAAGGUGAUCUGGAAAUGGGAGACUGACGAGUUACCAUAUAAAAUGGACAACGUUAUGACCAGAAAAUGGUUGCCUCAGUAUGACGUGAUGAAUCAUCCAAAUAUCAAGUGUUACUUAGGUCACGGUGGACUUCUUGGAAUCUCGGAAGCUGUCUACGUAGGAUUGCCGAUGAUUUUGAUGCCGAUAUUUGGUGAUCAGUUCCACAAUUCGGCUGCAGUGAGGAACAGAGGUGCCGGGAUAGUUCUUUCAUUCUAUGAUUUGAACGAACAAUCUUUGAGACAUGCUUUGGACGCUUGUUUUAAUGAUACCAGUUACCGUGAGAACGCCCAGAGGCUUUCGAAAGCUUACCGUGAUCGACCUGCCAGCCCGUUGGAGACAGCGGUAUGGUGGACGGAGUACGUCGCUCGGGGCAAUGGCAACCCUUAUUCGCGUAGCGAGGGCGCGGAUCUACCCUGGUACCAGUAUCAUCUCAUCGACGUCGCGCUCGUUUUGAUUAUCGUCUUCACGGUGUUCAUCUACAUCCUUUUCCGGUUGAUCAAGCUGCUGCUGUCGUUGCUUAGCGCUGUCAAAGGAAAAGCCGGAAGCCAAGCUGAGAAGAAGAGGAAGAAGAAGGACUGAUGACAGACGCGUCGAAAAAGGCCGAGUGAGAAACGAACGAUGCAGAAUAAAGGCAGAUUUUUUCAUGUAAAAGUUGUUGAGGACAUGCGAAUUUUGAGUAAACAGAUAGAAAUAGAAUAAAUCCGCCAUUGCGGAAAAUUUAUUAUUCACGAGAACGAUUCAUCGAGAAAAAAACAAAAGC